GACUAUUGUUUUUGCGUUAUAUGCAUGGAUUUAUACAAAUAGUGCUUAAAGCUUUAAUUACAUGUAUUUUAGCUCUUAUGCUCCUGCUAAAACUCUUUAAUUGGAAAUAAAAGAGCGGUUUAAUGUCUUCCAGUAAAAGAGUAAUGUUUCCCCCUGCUGGCGGGAAAAACGCGAAUAUCAGCAGCUUUGAGGGAGUUGGCUUUCUCAGCAGACACCAGCGAGCACAGCCCAAAGGUACUUCGCUUGUUUGAAAUUUCACUUGGGUGUGUCAGCAAAGGUGUGUCCGCUGACUCACCCAACAGCGACAGAUAGAGCCGUCUGAGAAACGCCUGCCUUUUCGCAUUGACAGAGAAGUGAAGCAACAGACAAGAGACGAAACUCUCGAGUAGACUAGACGCAUUUGUUUUCUAUUACUCUCUGAAAUACUAACCGGACUCUCCCCACUUGGACCCAGGACAAAGUCAGCCUUUUACUGUUUUUUUCUUCCAAAGAUGGGGAGAGUUUUAAUUUCCACCAUCUGCCUAAUGCUGAUCCUGUCCUGUGUGGAGUCGUGCUCUCUCCCGAGGUCUCUCUACGUAAUUGUACCUGAAACAAUUCCACCUGAAUACCAAGUAGCAAAAGUUGAAACCGUCGGUUGUGAUGCCAAAUCAACGCUGUUAACUGUGAAGGACCCGAGUUUUACAAUAAACAGUAAUGGAGCAGUGGUAGCUUUAACGUCUGUCUCAGUGGCAGAAAGACGACGGACAUUUUUUGUGUGCGCUCAGGACAAUAGUGGACCGGAAAGUAAGAUGGAAGUUCACCUUGUCCGCAGUACAAUGCCGACAAAACAUCAACGACGCCAAGGAUUCCUGAGUCGGUCUAAAAGACGCUGGGCACCUCCGAACCUCAACGUAGUGGAGAAUUACGUAGGACCCUAUCCAAAACUAGUCGAAAGGCUGGUGUCAGAUACCUCAGCCAAAUAUAAAUUGUUCUACACUGUCGAAGGAGAAGGAUUCGAUAAGUAUCCAACUGGAGUGUAACUGAACAGAGACACAGGGGAUCUGUUCUUGCUCAAAGCAGUGGACCGUGAGGCGUUCCCAGUAUAUAGUUUUGUGGUGCGUUCUUGGAACAAGAUCACAUUUCAGGAGACAGAUGAGAAUCUGCCAUUGAAAGUGGUUGUAGAUGAUGUAAAUGACAAUCCACCGGAGUUUGUAGGUCCUCUACAGUUUAUGGUUCCUGAGCACUGUAGUGUAGGGACUGUGGUGGGAAAGGUGAAUACAACCGACAAAGACCAAAUUGGCACCGACCAUGUGAAGAUUAGGUAUACACUCCUAACUGGAACAGACAUGUUUGCCAUUCAUGCGGAAACAGGUGUCAUCACAACAAAAACCAACACCCUAGACAGAGAGUUAAAAGACAACCAUUUGGUGGUUGUACAAAUCCAGGAUAUGAAUGGUGCAGCAAACGGUCUGGUUGCCACAUCAACAGCAAAAAUUGUUCUGAGUGACAUCAAUGACAACCCGCCAACCUUCAUGAAAACAUCUUAUGAUGUCGCUGUGCAAGAGAAUGAAAGUGAAAAACUUCUACUUCGGAUUCCAGUUCAAGAUAAAGAUUUAAUAAACACACCAAACUGGAUAUCAAAGUUUGUCAUUACUCAAGGAAAUGAAAAUGGAAAUUUCAGGAUUGUUACUGACCCCCAAACAAAUGAAGGGCUUCUGUACGUCUCAAAGCCAUUAGAUUAUGAGAAGACGAACAGUGUACAGCUUCAGAUCACAGCACAAAAUCAAGCACCGCUGAGUGGCAGCAGCGCCAGUUGGAACUCCAUCCCUGUGAAGGUCAGUGUCACCGAUGUCGAUGAAGGCCCAGAAUUCUCUGCUCCUUCGAUCCGCUUCAAUGUCAAAGAGAACACACCAAAUGGCACAGUGAUAGGAACUUAUACAGCUACAGACCCUGAGACGAAGAGCAGCAAAGGCAUCAAGUAUUUCAAGAUCACAGACCCGGGCUCCUGGAUCAAUGUUGACAGAGACACGGGAGAGCUGAGGGUGGCAAACACAAUUGACAGAGAGUCACCGCUUGUUCACGAUGGGUUUUACAACAUCACAGUGAGGGCUGUUGAUGCUAGCUCCAAGUCAGCAACAGGAACAGUUGUCAUUUGGGUGGAGGAUGAAAACGACAACAUUCCUACGAUUCCUAGUGAGCUCACGUUUUGUCAGGAGGAUGGAGUGCUCGGCUCUGUGGUGGUGGUGGCCGAAGACAAAGAUCAGAGUCCCUUUUCUUCCCCAUUCACCUUCAGUUUACCAAAUAACAAUGAUGGCACAUGGUCUGUGAAAAGUCUUAAUGACACUGCAGCUACAUUGGAGCAGCUCAAACCGCUUUAUUUGGGGAUGCACACCGUUGACCUGACUGUUACAGAUCUUCAGGGUAGUGGCAAAACACAGACAGUGAAUCUGAGAGUCUGCAAGUGCAAGAAUGGCGUCUGCCCUGGCAAGGACAGGUCCGUGUCGCUCGGACCGCUGGGAAUACUGACUAUGCUGUUGCCUGUGGCCCUCCUCCUACUGCUCUUCCUGCUCCUUGCAUUUUUCUGUCUAACAAAGAGAGAGAAGUUGCAACUUGACGACUCAACAGACACUGGAGGAAUCCUACUCAAAUCCAACACGGAGGCCCCAGGGGACGAAGUGGAUGCAAGUCUCAUCAAUGGUCCCCCAUUUGAGAUUGACCAAGCAGUAAAGGGUUCUGUCAAGGGUGUAAUGAUGAAUCCUUCAUGGAUCGGGAACAAGAGUGGAAGCACUAUUGGAACCCUUGGUGUUCACGAGAAUGGGAUGCAUGGAAGGACUGAUAUUUCUGCAGCUAAUAUGCAGGAUUACUAUACCGGCCAGUAUGACAUGACCAUAGAUCGUCAAUCCUAUGGUCAGCUUGUUGGUAGUGGUGUAGACUUUGACUACAGACAACACAACAUGGACCCAGCUCUUCUGUAUAAUUGGGAAACAAAUGGCCGCUAUCUACAUCAGAAAUUGAUCCAAAUGGGAACAGUGGAGGAUGGGCGAUAUGCAGAUGAUAUCAUCCACUCCUACGGGUUCGAGGGACAUGGCUCUGUAGCUGGCUCUGUUGGAUGCUGCAGUGAUAAUAAUGACAAUGAUAACCUUGACUUUCUGAACACACUCGGACCAAAGUUCAAAACUCUUGCAGAGGUCUGCAGAAAGACAUGAAAAGUGACACUCCAGAUAAUAUUGUUUACUUUAAGCUGUAAAAGAUGCAGAUUGGGUUUGAAUGCUUGGCUUGUUACUGGGGUAAGAAUAUAAAAAAAGAACAGGCAGGUGGUGCUGGUGUGUAUAUGCUAUUGCUCUUAGUUGCUUUAUGUCUUUGUUGUUGUUAUUUUAGUUUUUUUUAUGUAAAAGUCAUUUGCACUGAAAAUGAUGUAGAUGCUGUUGGUUGUGCAUACUUUAUGUUGUAUGUCAAUAGCUGCGUUUCCACCACAGGGACUGCAGUCUUUUGGAGGUUUGUACCUCAGGAACCAAGGUCUAAAUGAAGUUCUUGGAAAAAUGAUUUCAUAUCUUUAUAUUUUUGGAGGGUAGCACUUUGUGACACUUCAGGAGCCUUUGGUCCAGGGAUUGCAGUGUUUCUGGUUGGAAAGCAACUUCUCAUAAAAAUCACACUGCCUUCAAGGUUUACCACAUAAAUUGUUGGUAAUCAUUAACUUAAACUUACAUCAGAGAGCAGUGAAGGGAGAUGGAGAACAACAAAACUGGUGUUGCUUUUUCAUAUUUAAUUGCACGAUGUCUGCUUAAGCUUUGUGGGUCUGAAUACAUUGGUGGGAGUACAGACAAAAAAGCUCUUGGGACUAGAACUUCUUGUUAUUUUGGGUUGAAAUGCGGCUACUGAGUAUUAACAUGUUUGUUAGUAGGAACUUCGGUAUUUUUUUAAAAAAAAACUUUGUUUAUUAAUCGUUGUCUGGUGUAAAAAAAGAAUGCAUUUCUAUUUCAGUCAUGUUGCUGUUUUUUUUUUAUCCUUAUUGAAUUUCAGGCUUUGUCGAUAUAUUUGAAGUAAAACAAAUAAUGAAACAAAAUAAUCUUUUCUAAUAUUUCACAAUAUUUAAUGUAAAACUACACAUUUAUAAUGGUCUAUUUUAAACAGUGUUGAUUUACUUCUGCACAAUUUCCCAAUGCCACAGAAAUUGUGUGUAACCAUGAUUUACUUCAACUCCCUGACUGUCAGACGGGUGCAGUUUGAGCUCGCUGUCAGUCAGGUUAUUGCAACAUUCCCAACAGUAGUCCUGUUUAAAUCUGCACAAGGGUGUGAACCGGAGGCGUAAGGUGUUACUGACACUGCCCGAAACUAAAUAUAACUGGCUGCACAGGAAAAACCCAGUCAAAAAACUGUAUACCUUAUAUGUAUAUUAUGUGGUUUUAGUUGUAAUUUGACAUUAACAUUAAAGAGUGUUGUUUAAUUUUUGCAACAGUA